AUGAGCUUCAACAGCCACGAGACGCGCUCGAGCUUCGCAGACAGCUUCGUUCGGUGGCCGCUGCGCGACUGCAGCGGCGUGCACGAUCCGCUGCCCGAGAAGGAGAUGGCGUCCUGGUUCGCGCGCUGGAGUCGCACUCGAAGCAAGCCCGUUACGGAGACUCUCUCCGUGACCCAGCGUUCGCUCGACCAGGCGUGGACCGCGUUCGUGCUGCGCUUGAACGUUGAGACGGGUCCAAGGUUUCGCCAGCUGAUCGAGGCCCGUGAAGAGACUCAUCAGCGCUACGCGCUGGGCGAGUUAGCGGAGCGCAUGUGCACGCUGUCCUGGAACGAGGACCGCCCGUGCUGUUACGUGCACCAUCUUGAAGGCUGCGUCGGCUGUGAGCGCUGCCGGGUAUCGCGACCGAGCGAUGCUGACUGGGCGCAAAUCGUGGUCGAGUAUCCGAUGACUGAGGAAGAGUCACGGCCUCCACAAGCCCCGGAACGUCUUCGAGAAGAGUGGAGCGGGGUUCCCAGCUGUCGUUCAGCGGACCGAUCCACCGCACCAGGUAACGGCGAAAGCCCGGGAUACUCUCUUCGCAGCGUCGAGCGCUGCGACUACUGGCCGAGUCAUCGUGGUCCAGAAUGGCCUCCACGAUAUGACGAAGGUUACCAUCGCGGUCAACAAGAGGGGUUGGACCGUCACGAAGGAACCGAUCGCGACUGGAAGUUGGGACGUCGGCUGGAACGUCUGGAGCAGCGCGUGGAGCAGCUGGAGCGGGAGAACCGAGGCUUGCGACAGGAGAUGUGGGCGCCGCGCCGCGCGGCGGCUGAUUACCGCUUGGGAUCGUCGCAGGAUGAUAACGGCGUAGCCGACCGACGUAGAAGGUAG